AUGGCAGGCAAAGCAGGGGAGCCCCGCAUUCCCCUGACCCUGCAGCGCUCCCGGCUGAAGGCUGAGAAGAAGACCCUAGAUUUUGAGUUUGAGGUGGUCAGUGUCCAGUUUAACCGGCUGGGUCGCUAUGCCCUGCGGCUCACCGUGGAGAACCCUCUGCUGCGGGACUCUGGCACCGGCAUCCAGCUCCGCAUCAACAACGGGGAGGUGAUCCAGAGCAGCACGGGGACCACUGACACCAUCGAGCAGAGCUACCUCAACCAGAUCUACUGCUUCCAGAGGAGGAAAUUCACCUUUACUCUGCCCAGAGGUUUCUGCAAGAACGACAAGAACCAUGAUGUGCGGCUCCACAUUGAGGCCCUGCAUGUCCCAGGGAAAGCACAGAGGAUUGCCAGGAGCAGGCGGGUUGGUGAAGCCUUCUUUGCCAUCUACCCCCGCACCAACCAGCCUCGGAUGAAGCUCUCCGCCGGGAGGAAUGAGGACUGGUACCGCUACAGCGCUGUGAUGGCUUUGCUGCGGGUGGGCAGCGAGCAGCCAGCGAUGCACUGUGGCCGUCUGGCUUUUGCUGCAUCCCUACAUGAGCACCGGCCACCCACCACUCUUGUUUCACCAUCACCGCUCUCCCCCAGCGCCCACGAGGAGGGGCAGCGAGCAGCAGGCAUGGCCACAGCAUCUGCAAGCCUGGGCAUCCCAGUCCCCAGCCGCUCACUCCGUACACCUGAGUCCGCUUACCACUCGCUGCCCACUGAGGGCCAUGUCUGCUCCCCUGAGAGGCUUCGGGCUGACCCUGAGCUCAGCUCCUCCCCGGAGCUCCUGGGUGACUCAGCAGAUGAGCAUCCUUCCUCCUCCUCUUCUUCCUCGGUGCCUGCCCCAAGGCGACAGCCUAGCUGCAGCAGCUUCCAUCUCUCCUCCCCAAGCUACAGCCCGGAUCUGGCCUCGUCACUGACACAGGUAUCCAUGUCCCCUGCAGGGACAGAGGAGCCUGGGCGUGCACCAGUGUCUGGCGGGGGACACCUGGCCCGUGUGGGGAAAGAAGCCAUCUCCGUCAUCCUCCACAGUGCCAGCAACCUGCCAGCUACGCAGGAGGGCCGAGUGCCGUGGCCGUACGUCAUUGUUAAGACCUGCAGAGGGGAUGAGCAGCAGCCAGAGGUGCAGGCCACCCAUGCAUCAUCAGUUCCCACCCAUGAACCCACCUGGGAGGAGGAGAUGACGGUGGAAAUGGAUGCUGAAGAUGCAUCCUUGGCAGUCCUGACUCUCACCGUGGCAGACAAAGCCACCAAGGAGGCAUUGGGGACCUUCCAGCUGCCGGUGCGACACCUCCAGCCCUUCCAGCUCCACCACUGCAGGCUGGUGCUGCCAAGGAAGAAUGACCCUAUGGGGACAGUCCUGCAUGUCACCAUCACCCGAAAAGGAAGCUUCAUCCCUCGCUGCGAUGGAUUGAGCUAUGUGGCCUUGGAGGUGCUACUGCGGGGGCUGUCCAACCGCUUGGCCGCCCCCCACGGGGCCCUCGUCGCUGUGGCCAGAGUUGUGACAAAUGUUCAGGAGUACAAGCACCGCAUGGAAAAGAAUCCCAUUGCCUGUCCCAGCAUCAGCCCCACCACCAUCACAUUCCCGGAUCCUCCGGCAGCAGCUUUCAGUAUCCCCCGAGCUGCCAACCACAGCUGCCCACAGAUGUCUCGACCUGCCGGGCCGCCAGAACAGCCAACCUGGGACACCUCCUUCCUCUUUCAAGGCCGAGAUGUAGCCACCAUCUUCUCCGAAGACACUGCCUUGGUGAUUGAGUAUUAUCCACACAAAGCCAUUUCUCUUGUCCCUUCUCCGGUAUGGAAUGCUCCAGGCACCCUCCUUCCUGUGGGAUACUCAGUGCUGCCCCUCACAAGCCGUGUGUUCCGGGAGCUGGUGGCACAGGAUGGUGGGAUGCGUGUGGACAACCUUGCUGUGCAGGGCACGGACCUCAAAACUACGUCUGGGGCCAUCCCGACUGUGGGGCUCUGCCUGAAACUCCUUCAGUCAGAGAGACCAGCAGCAUUCCUGACCCCCUCUGGCAGUGAUGCCCUUCCCAGCCUGGACCCUGCCAUCACCUGCACCCUCAAGAGGGGUGAAGAGCUGCGGGCAGCCCCCGUGCACCCCUUUCAUAGCCAGCUCCACCAAGAUGAUGCAUCCCUCCCAUCAGCUGAUGCAGUGGCCAGCAUCUUACCUGGAAAGCAGCCAUUCCCAGGCAGGAUGGGAGCAUCGUUGGAGAAAUGGAGAUCCCAAGAUAUCACUGGAGAUGAGCAGGAGCCUGUGAGCACCAGAGACACCGAAGGAGAGGGAGACACUGGGGGCACUGGGAAGAAGAGCGUUCUCCCCGAGGUGGGUCUUGGCUCCCGUGGGGACCGAAGUCAGGCUGCUGUCAGCAGGACAUUGCAGGAGGUGGGCAACUAUCAUCUGGCUCUGAAGCGGAUGGCGGGGGACAUCCUGUCUCUGCGCCAGCAUGUCACCAGCCUGGAGGUGGAGAACGGACACCUGCGGCGCAGCCUGGCCUCACAGGAGGAGCUGGGCCAUGCUCUGCUUGCCGACAUGGACCUGGACGUCAUGACCCGGGAGGAGCUGCUGGACAGACUUGCCACCCUCAAGCGCAAGCUGGCGGCCAACGCAACGGAGACGAGGAGGCUGAAGGACCGUGUUCAGCAGUUGCAGAAUGAGCUGAUCCGGAAGAAUGACCGCGAGAAGGACCUGGUGCUGCUCCAGAGAGCCCACCAGCAACAGCAAGCCACACUGAGGAGGUGCCAGGAGAAGGUAGCCAAGACAAAGGGCUUGGAGGAAAUGGUGCGGCAGCAGGAGAAGGUGAUCAAGGCGAUGGAGCAAGUGCUGCAGAAGAAGAUCGCCGGGGCAGACAGGAGCACCGAGAAGGUGGCAGGUGAAGUCCUCUCGGGGGAUGUGUAUGCUGCGCUGCUGGCUGAGAACCGCAGGCUGCGGGAGGAGCUGUCGAGGCCCCCCCAGCCUUCAUCUUCCAUUGUACUGCACCCCCAAGCCUUGCCGGGCAUUUUCAGGGGUGCGGAGAAGCUGUCUCUGCUGGCCAGGCUGGAGGAGGCACAAGCGCGUGGAAGGGUGCUGGAGAGGCAGGUAGCAAUCUCCCCGAGGAGACCCCAGCCCCUGGUCACCCUGCCCAUGCUCGGCGAGAGAGAUGGAGAAUCCUAAUG